AAAAUGUGUUUCGAAAAAGAGCGCGUGGAACAGGAAAAACAACACUUGCUAGCAGCUACUCAGCUAGAUAACAAACAAAAAUGUUGCCUAACAUAAAAUCAUUGAGAAUGUUGCUUAACAGGCGAUUAAAAGCGGCUGUCGACGAGCUAUUCGGGGCAGUUGAAACAACGAUAGCAGAGUACCAGCAAGAAUUAUGCCGUUCAAAAGAGGAGAAAGACCGAACGAUAGCGGAGUACCAGGAAAAAAUGUCCCGUUCGGAAGAAGAGAACGCCCGGCUACAGAGGCUGCUGGAUGUCGUUCUUAAACCAGAAGUAAAGUUGCAGAGACUAGAAGACCUCCAGCAGCUCACUCUCUCCAUCUCUGAAAAAGUUUCCCCUGAGCAGCAGGAUUGUAGUCCUGGUCUGGGGCAGGAGGAACCUUCUCAGAUUAAAGUGGAACAGGAGGAGCUAUGGGUCAUCAGUCAGGGACAAGAGCAGCUUCAAGCGAUGGAUUAUGAUACUGAUGAUACUGAUGAUUCUGCUGAUACAGAAGCCUUCAUAUCUACUGCCAGAGUAAAAGGUGACUGUAAUCAGAACCCAAGUCAGUCCUCACAUCUUUACCAAGUUUUAACCCAACGUGAAGAAAACACAGACAGGGAUGAGCUACCCAGCACCACAAUGCAAAUUGAACAGAUUAAAACAGAAAAUGUCAGUGACAGUGACUCUCAGCCCCCAUCUGCAGUCAAUUCAGACUGGUCUGAAACUCAGAUUGAGAGUGGUGAUAGUGUUGAUUGGAUGGAGAGUGAAGGACCUCCACCCAAGUCAAAGAGAACACAGACAGAAGUUGGACCAAGAGUCUGUACUAAAGUCAGAGAAUCCACAGUGUUGUCCCAUUUGAAAUCCCCUAUCCCCAGUAAUGCGUAAUUGAGUCUGUAGAAAGUUUGAAAGAACAUCUACAUUUUCAUGUUGCAAGUACAGGAUCACUUUCUUGUUACAUCUGUGGUAUAUGCUUCACAGAGGAUGAGGAGGUUUUGCUGGAAGAGCAUAUGAGCAAUCACAAACUGUAUCGCUGUCUUGGGUGUAAAGAACGUUUUCGAUACUCGCCAGGGUCUGACAUUGCAUAAGAAGACACACCAGGACUCUUGAUCAGGAUUGAAAAUUGAAGACCGCCCCGACCUGGGCCUAUGACCUGCAGCCUGAGCCUUUACAAGCAGUCAUUUUUUAUUUUGAAAUUGUAAAAACAAUGUGAAUGUGAGGGAGGAGUAGCCUAUAUUUUCGUGAUCAAACUUGAUUAAAACACUACAGCAGUUUUUGCUGAAGAAAUUACUCUGGUAAAAUGUUACAGUUCCAUAUCCUAGUAAAGGAAGCCUGAGUGAGGCCCAAUGCAGUCUGUGUAUCCUGAAAAGUUGUUUUUAUAUAUCAAAUAAACUAUUGAAUGGAGAGUGUA